AUGAACGGGGCAGAUUGUUCGGUAGGAAAUAAUCCUUUGGCUCAAGUGACAAAGCAUACUCAGCAGGACAGAUCAUUGCAGCAUGGAUCACAAGGCCUAAAUAAAGAAUUUCAUGGUGGCUCCCCGUCAUCACAGCAGUUUAAAUCUACGCAGAAUGUUAUAUCUGAUGUCAACAGAUUUCACUUGGAUACCUUCAUGAAUGGUAACAGUGGAAUGUCCUCAGGACCACACCCAAUGCGAAUGGGACAAGCUCCAAUGGAGAACAUUAAUGGGAAAAGUUGGUCCCGAGGUUUUGCAUCGCCAGCUCAGGAUGGCAUAAUAAGAGGUGGGCAUGAAAUGACCAAGAGCUCUAGCUCGUGGUCUCAAGAGUUUCACCAGUCACCCGAAUCGCCAGUACACACAUCAGCAUCACCGAUAAAUCGUCAAUCACAAUAUAAUCCGCAUGACCGGCAGAGCCAUCUACCAUAUAGUCCACACAUGCUUUCUGGCCCAAGUAUGAUGUUAAGACCUUCAGCUGGAGCUAUGAGCGGGGUGAUACACCAGCGACAGGAUCAGAAUGCCAUCACAAAUUGGGAUGAACAAUUCAGCGAGCUAGAAAGAGAGGUCGCGGAAAAUUUAACUAUAAACAACGCUCAGGAUAUCAAAGGUGACGAAGUUGCAGUCGAGGAAAAGCAAGAGGAGGAUAUUGUAAUCAAAGAUGACUAUCAAAGCGAAUUUCAAGAAGUUUGGGAUAGUCUCCAGAAGGAUGCAGAGGAUUUGCUACCUGAGGAACUAGCAGGUGAUGAUGCGUGGGAAGCUGACUACCAAAGAUUCCUUAGCGGCAGAGUUAGCGGCAACAUGAAAUACAAAUUUGACGAAGAGAAUGAGUAUCUGCAUAACCCAAACGCAUAUGAGAUAGGGUGUAUCUUGAUGGAAAAUGGUGCGAAACUCAGUGAGGCUGCCUUAGCUUUCGAGGCUGCAAUUCAGGAAGAUUCGAAACAUGUAGAUGCAUGGUUAAAACUAGGUGAAGUUCAGACGCAAAACGAGAAAGAAUUACAAGGUAUCAGUGCAUUAGAACAAUGUCUGAAGAUUGAUCCUUCAAAUUUAGAUGCAAUGAAAACGCUAGCUAUCAGUUACAUAAAUGAGGGUUAUGACGUUAGCGCUUUUACAAUGCUAAACAGAUGGGUUGAAACCAAAUACCCGAAUUUUUUGGAUUCCAAAGAGGGGAUAACAAUCGAGGACGACUUUGAACAUGAGCCAGAAAGAUAUAAAUUGAACGAAAAAAUCAAGAGACAGUUUUUAAAGAUAGCUAAUGCCUUACCGCAAAUCGAUCCAGAUGUUCAGCUCUGUCUCGGUCUGCUCUUCUACGCUGACGACGAGUUUGACAAAACCAUAGAUUGUUUCAAAGCAGCAUUAAACGUCAAUCCGAAAGAUGAGCUGAUGUGGAAUCGUCUUGGUGCUUCCUUGGCCAACUCAAGUAGAUCAGAAGAGGCGAUCCAAGCCUACCACAUGGCAUUACAGCUGAAGCCUUCAUUCGUUAGAGCUCGGUACAACCUCGCAGUUUCCUCCAUAAAUAUUGGCUGCUAUAAGGAAGCUGCCGAACAUUUACUUGCAUCUCUGAAGAUGCAUGAAGUCGAAGGAAUUCAGCCAAGUCCUUCGAUAAAAUCAGGUAACAACAAUAUUCUGGAAACUCUCAAGAGAGCAUUCGUUGCGAUGGACAGGCGCGACCUUCUCGAAGCAGUCAAGCCCGGCAUGGAUCUUGAACAAUUUCGUGGUGAAUUCAAGUUUUGA